AUGAUCGACCCGAUUUCGCCAAACUACAUCUCCAAAAUCCAACUCUGUCGCAACUCCUCCAUCUUCGUCUUCUUCACCCGCCACCAACAGAAGUUCUCGGCUGGCUCAUGCAUGUUUGCGGAGUGGUGGGACGGCGAGAUAUUCAUUGAUGGCAGGCCGGAAUCCCAGCUAAUUCUCCCAAUUGUUAAGCUGACAACAGGGGCGGCGGCACCGAGCUCAGAGCCACAUCAAGCGACACUCAAGCUCGCCAAGCUCCUCCACCACCGAGGCUUCCACAUCACCUACGUCAACACCGAGUUCAACCACAGCCUUCCGAGUAGCACGUCCAAGGAAAAGCUACUACUACUCAUCAUCCUCUGCUUCCAAUUGAGAUCAGCCAUUUUGGAAGAGGGCGGGAUCGGAAUCGGACGAACCAGCUGCUUAUUGGGUUUUAAAUUUGGUGUGCUCGUCGGCGGUCCCAGCGUUAGCCUCUCGAACGACCCGUCGCCGCCGGUGUUUGGUAUCGCGACCGGGAAAUUGGGGACCGGAGGAAGCUUCGAGAGCUAG